CGUGACGAAGUUUUCUUUCCACCGUCUUCAAGGUGCUGUGAGUCAGCUUGUGGCGGUACGAGUCCAUCCUGCUGAAACCUCUCCGUGGGAGGACCAGGACAUCCUGAUGGAAGCUCAGAGGCCUGCGAUGAGUGAGCGGGUGGAGACAGUGGAGAUCGUCCAUCCUGCUGAAACGUCUCUGCAGGAGGUCAGGGACAGCGAGACUGAAGCUCAGAGGUGCAGGCCUGCGAUGAGUGAGCAGGUGGAGACAGUGGAGAUAGUCCAUCCUGCUGAAACGUCUCUGCAGGAGGUCAGGGACAGCGAGACUGAAGCUCAGAGGCCUGCGAUGAGUGAGCGGGUGGAGACAGUGGAGAUCGUCCAUCCUGCUGAAACGUCUCUGCAGGAGGUCAGAGACAGCGAGACUGAAGCUCAGAGGUGCAGGCCUGCGAUGAGUGAGCGGGUGGAGACAGUGGAGAUCGUCCAUCCUGCUGAAACGUCUCUGCAGGAGGUCAGGGACAGCGAGACUGAAGCUCAGAGGUGCAGGCCUGCGAUGAGUGAGCAGGUGGAGACAGUGGAGAUAGUCCAUCCUGCUGAAACGUCUCUGCAGGAGGUCAGGGACAGCGAGACUGAAGCUCAGAGGCCUGCGAUGAGUGAGCGGGUGGAGACAGUGGAGAUCGUCCAUCCUGCUGAAACGUCUCUGCAGGAGGUCAGAGACAGCGAGACUGAAGCUCAGAGGUGCAGGCCUGCGAUGAGUGAGCGGGUGGAGACAGUGGAGAUCGUCCAUCCUGCUGAAACGUCUCUGCAGGAGGUCAGGGACAGCGAGACUGAAGCUCAGAGGUGCAGGCCUGCGAUGAGUGAGCAGGUGGAGACAGUGGAGAUAGUCCAUCCUGCUGAAACGUCUCUGCAGGAGGUCAGGGACAGCGAGACUGAAGCUCAGAGGCCUGCGAUGAGUGAGCGGGUGGAGACAGUGGAGAUCGUCCAUCCUGCUGAAACGUCUCUGCAGGAGGUCAGAGACAGCGAGACUGAAGCUCAGAGCUCUCAGAGACCAGACUGUCCAGGACCCAGCAUGCCCGCGGGGGGGAGCCUUCUCAGUCCUGAUGAGUCCCCAGACCCCGGGGUGUCUAUCAAGAGUACUGCGUCUAACGAUCACGUCACUAGUUCCUCUCUUGAAGAACCUGUGGCACCAACUGGAUCAAGCUGUGACAAGUCACCAGAUGGCAUCAAUGCACAAAAAAAUACCUCUUCUUAUUACCAGAGGCGGAGGAAGUACAUUCUAUCUAAGUAAAAGUCGUAAUACCAAAGUGUAGAAAUACUCUGCUUUAGCUAAAGACUCAUAUAUGAGACUUAUAUGUCCCCUUUGUUCUACACACGUACAGACUGCUUGCACUCUGUAUGACUAUUGGACCUUCUUUGCAAAGAAUAAAUAUUCUAAAAACAAGUUUAUUCCUCAACAAUCUUCAUUUCAGUAUUAUAAACUUCACUGGUCAUUUGUAUAAGGACUUAAUUCAAACUUUCUACAUAUAUACAACUGGCUAUUGAGGUGACUUGGUGUAAAUAAGGUCAAUUAAUAAAUAUAACAAAAUGAUAUUAACUAUAAUAAUAAUAAUAAUUAUAUUUAAUGUUAAUGCACCUGCUUCAUUGUAGUGCCUAUUUUGAAGUCCCUAUUAAUUGUUUUAUUAAUAUUAAAGUUUCACCUUUAAUUCAUAA